AAAAUGAAUCCAUUCCAGCCCUCUCGCCUCCCGUUUUGUUGAGCGCGACGAUCGGAGAUUCGGAGUCCAGCCCCGCAGGCGAAGAUGGCGGACGUCAGCGGCGACGGCUUCGGGGGCCGGCGGCCGCUUGGGCUGCUGGCGAACGCGAGGAAGCGGAAGGAGGGGUUCGUGCAGCUGUUCCUGAUGGCAGGCGUCUUCAUGAUGAGCCUGCGGUCCCUGGGCCAGAAGCACCGCCUCCGCGACCUCGCCGAGGACGCCGCCGACCUCCGCCGCGAGCGCGACGUCCUCUCCCACCGCAUGCGGGACCUCCAGGACGCGCUCCGCCGCGAGGCCGACGCCGACGCGUCCGGCGCCCUCGCGUCCCACCUCCGCCGCAUCUUCACCGCCCACCCCGCUCCAGCCACCGCCGCGGAGGACCAGUAGGCCGCUCGCCCCCCUAGAAUCCUUCCCCGCGUUUUUGUUCCAUGAUUACGCCUUUGCCUGUGUAGCUGUGAGGGCUUUCGCGUGUGUUCUGUUGUUGCAACCUCUCAUUCCAUGGCAGCGCACGCGUUGUGUUUGUGGAAAUGCCGCAGAGGGCUGCCGGAUUUGCAGCGAGCUGCCUGAAAUUGUUGCUACCUCGAGACACGUUGUUGAGGCUUUAAACUUGUUCAUGAUUCAGAUUUCCCAAAGCUCUUUUACUUCUA